CCACAGUUUCUUGGAAGGUGCCAGCUUCCACUAUAUAAAACCGUGCUGCAGUCUUGCGGUGUGGAUGGAUGGGUAUAUAACAGCAGCAGAUGUGAGCAGGUUUAAAUUUUGAGCUUUGGAAUAUGGCAUGUCAAAUCAUGUUGCCUGUGCUGCUUUUGGGAUUGAUAAGUACAGUGACUACUCAGAGUACAGGGCCCCUCUACCCAAUUAAUGGGAUAGCAAGCUCUCAAUCAGAUGAUGGAAGUUCACCCCAAAUUUCCCUGAACCGACCUUUCGUGUUCUUCGGACAAACAUACAACCAGAUUUAUGUGAACCACAAUGGACACCUGACCUUUGACGCUGCAUGGUCCAGUUUCUCACCUCAGAUGUUUCCCAUGCAUGGAUCCAGAGACAUCAUUGCUCCACUCUGGGUAGAUCUGGACAACAGAGAAAAUGGUCAGGUCUACUAUAACCAAUACAACAGUGCCAGUGUCCUCCAGCAAGCUACACAGGACAUUAAUUCCUAUUUCCCUGGACUGAACUUCAAUGCCAACUGGGUCUUUGUUGCAACAUGGUAUGAGGUGGCCUACUAUCCAACAACUGGCACCCGGACAACAGUCCAAGCAGUCUUGAUCUCUGGUGGUCAGUACUCGUUUGUGCUGAUGAACUAUGGGGUAAUAGCAGCAACAUCUCGCCAUAUACAGGCUGGAUAUGACACAGUCCAUUCUGCUCACCAUUUCUCCAUCCCUGGAUCAUUCUCUAGCAAUUCAUCAGGCCCUGACUCAAAUUUCCGUCUGAGCAGCAAUGUUAAUGUAGCCGGUCGUUGGGCCUUCCGGGUAGACAGAGGAUCAACAGGCUGCACUUUCAAUGGUGAACCUGUGCAGCUGGGAGACUCAUUCUGGAGCGACAGUACCUGUGCACAGAAGUGCACCUGCACCUCAUCAGGCCUGCAAUGUGUCAGACAACCCUGCUCCUUUUCCCAAAUCUGCCGGGAAAGUGCCUUUCAGUUCUCCUGCCAGACAGUGCAGAGACGCACCUGCACAAUAAGCGGUGAUCCACAUUACUAUACCUUCGAUAACAACGUGUUUCACUUUCAAGGUACCUGCACUUAUGUCCUCUCAGAACAAUGUGGUCGUGGGCUGCCCUACUAUAGAGUAGAGGGCAAGAAUGAGCACCGGGGCAGCACACAAGUCUCUUGGACACGACUGGUCAAAGUGUUUGUCCACAAUGAAACUAUUGAGAUGGUCAAAGGACAUCGAGGUCAAGCUAAGGUUAAUGGAAACUUUGCAGCCACUCCUUUUUCCCUUAGCAAUGGCACGGUCCAGGUUUAUGACUCAGGUUUUUCUGUGGUUAUCAGCACUAACUUUGGCUUGGAGGUAUCCUAUGAUGCCUACCAUUAUGUCAGGAUCAGUUUGCCCUACACUUACCUGAAUGCAACAUGCGGCCUGUGUGGAAACUUCAACAACCGCCCAGAGGAUGACUUUAUAACUCGCCAAGGCGAGCUUGUGAGCUCUGAUGUGGUUUUUGCCAACAGUUGGCAAGCAUCAGGGGACAAUGAGGCUGGAUGUGGAGUCCGAUGUGGAGGCUUGGCAUGCGCUGGCUGCACUCAACACCAGACAGCCUUGUACAGCAAUACUGACCACUGUGGUAUCCUCCAAAGCAGUUCUGGACCUUUUGCUGCUUGCCAUGAACAACUUCCCCCACAGACCUUUGUGGAGAGCUGUGUGUAUGAUCUGUGUGUAGGAGGAGGAUACCAGCCCAUUCUGUGUCAAGCCCUAAAUGUUUAUGCAAGUCGUUGUCAGCAGAAUGGUAUCCAGCUGCCAAGCUGGAGGAGACAAGGCUUCUGUGAAAUCCCCUGCCCAGCCAACAGCCAUUUUGAGUCCCAAGGCACAGGAUGUCCAGCUACCUGUGUCAAUCCCAAUUCCACCCACAACUGCCCUCUCCCUGCCCAGGAGAGUUGCAUCUGCAAUUCAGGCUACAUCCUCAGUGGUGGGGUCUGCGUCCCUCAUUCUGAGUGUGGUUGCAGCUUUGAGGGUCGCUACUACCGCUCUGGAGAAACUGUAAUACUGGACGAGGACUGUGGGAGACGCUGUAGCUGCAGUUAUGGCACCAUGACCUGUCGCUCACAUGGUUGUAGUCCACUUGAAUCAUGCAGGGUGGAGGAUGGAGAAAGAAGGUGCAGACCUAACAGCUAUGAAACAUGCUGGAUAAGGGGCCCAGGAUCAUAUCAAACAUUUGAUGGAGUGACAUACCAGUAUCCUGGAGCAUGUCGAUUGACUCUUGCCAGAGUGAUGGGAUUGUCUCAACACCCCCACUUUGUGUUGACAGCAGAAAAAGUGCCCAGAGGCCAGCAGGGUUUUACCAGGCUGCUGAAGUUUGAGGCAGAGGGAACACAAGUCUCCAUUGAGAUGACAAGUAGCAGCAGAGUUGAUGGUCAGCUGAUCCGACUACCAUUCAGCUUAGCAUCCAACCGAAUCCAAAUCUAUCACAGCAGCAUUCACAGCAUCAUCCUUCGCACCUCCUUUGGUGUGACUGUGCAGACAGUCUGGCCUCACUUUGUGCGUGUCACUGCACCUGGUAUCUACAAUGGUUCACUGGGUGGACUCUGUGGUAACUACAAUGGUCACUCACAUGAUGACUUCCGCACACCCAAUGGCGUUCUGGUCAACAGCUCUCAGGUCUUUGGGGACAGCUGGCGAGAUGGCUCCCUUGCUGCUCACUGCGUGGAGAGAGUUAAUCACAAUCCACCAGCAAAUUAUAACUCUAGUGAGUACUGUGGCAUUAUUAGCUCACCACAUGGACCAUUUACCCAGUGCUGGCCCAUGGUAGACCCACAGGAGCAGGUGGAUGCAUGUGUGGAGAUCAUCAGAGUCUCUAGAGAUCCAAGAUCAACGCUAUGUGAGGUCCUACGAGAUUAUGCACUAAUGUGUCAACAGAGUGGCAUAACCCUGGGACACUGGAGGAAUGCAGCUGGCUGUGUGCAAACCUGCCCUCAAAACAGUCAUUAUGAACUCUGUGGCACAACUUGUCCCUCUGCUUGCCCCAGCCUCUCUUUCCCUUUCACCUGUGACACUGUGUGUCAGGAUGGGUGCCAAUGUGAUGAUGGUUUUGUCCUCAAUGGCAAUCAGUGUGUGCCACCAACAUCCUGUGGAUGCUAUCACAGCGGACGCUAUCGGCAAGGUGGUGAACAGUUCUGGGAUGGUGAGGAAUGUCAGAGCUUCUGUUCCUGUAAUGGUACAACUGGGAUAGUCCACUGUACACCCAACUCCUGUGGUCCCCAGGAGUCCUGCCGUGUGGUGGGGGGUGAUUUUGGCUGCCAUCCCAACCCUCAUGGCACCUGCUCUGCCUCUGGAGACCCCCACUACCUCACAUUUGAUGGCAAGGCUUAUGACUUCCAGGGAACCUGCCGCUAUGUUCUAGCGACCCUUUGCAAUGACACAGAUGGGCUCCACCAAUUUUCAGUGGAAGCCAAGAAUGAGCCAUGGAAUGGGUUUCCAGUUUCAAUCACAGCUGAAGUCUUUGUCAAUGUGUGGGGCUACCAAGUGCGUGUGUCCAGAGAGAGCAGAGGUAUGGCAGAGGUAAAUGGAAUAAGUAAAAAUUUACCAGUUCUCUUGAAUGGAAAUAUAUCUAUCUUUGCAAGUGGAUCUCGCACAUUUAUCAGUGCUGAUUUUGGCCUCAGCGUCACGUACGAUGGAUGGAGUACAGUGUCCAUCUCUGUGCCACCGAAUUACAGAGGACAAACAUGUGGACUUUGUGGAAACUUCAAUGGAAAUCAAGGUGAUGACUUCCGCAUCCCAUCUGGAACGAUAGUCACCUCCCCAGAUUUGUUUGGGAGAGCUUGGAAGGUUCCAGGCAACUACACCUGCAGUGAUGGGUGUGGUUCCUCCUGUCCACGGUGUACCAAUGAGCAACCUGCUAGAGCUCAGUGUGAAGUGAUUCAAGCAGCCGACGGCCCCCUCAGCUUCUGCCAUGAGGAGGUGGACCCAGCACCAUAUUUCAGCGACUGUGUGUUUGAUGUCUGUGUGUCGGGAAAUCAGGGCCAUGAUCUUCUGUGCAGGGCCAUUGAGGUGUAUGUCAGUGCCUGUCAGUCAGCUAAUGUCCGAAUCUACCCUUGGAGACAGAACACCACCUGCAGAGUUGACUGUCCAGCCAACAGCCAUUAUGAGCUGUGUGGUACCGACUGUGGCCACACCUGUGCCAGCAGCAUUGAUGCCACCUGUGAGCAGGUUUGCUCAGAGGGAUGUUUCUGUGAUGAUGGGUUCCUCAGGAGUGGGACAACAUGUGUCCCAGUGGAAAGCUGUGGUUGCCUAUAUGAUGGCUCCUACUAUAAUGCUGGUGAGUCCUUUUGGACAGAAGGUUGCUCCCACCGAUGUGAGUGCCAUGCUCCCAAUGACCUGCGCUGCUCUGCUGCAUCUUGCACGCCAACACAAGAGUGCACCAUCAGAAAUGGCCAGCUGGGCUGUUUCGAUGCAAUGUCUACUUGCACUGUGUGGGGGGAUCCACACUACAUCACCUUUGAUGGGGCAGUGGCUCAUUUCCAGGGCACAUGCACUUACAUCAUCACUGAGAGUGUGAGCCACGGCACAAAUGAAACCCAGUUUCGGGUAGUAGCCACCAAUAAUCACCGUGGAAACAACCGUGUGUCAUUUGUAUCAGCAGUGGAUGUAUACCUCUCAAAUCAACUAGAGAGUGAAUACAUCAGGAUUGGACCAAACAGAAGAGUAAAGGUAAAUGAAAGUGAGAUAUCUCUUCCUGCCACUGUGGGAACUUUGGGUCAGGUGGUAAGGCAGGGAGGCUACAUAGUGGUUGAUGCCUCGGACCUGGUCGUCCAGUUUGAUGGCAGGAGUACCCUACUGGUCAGAAUCGGUCAAAAUCGUCAAAACAGAGUCACUGGGAUGUGUGGAAACUCCAACAGAAAUCCUGCAGAUGACAAAGUCUUGCCCAAUGGCACAUUGGCACAGAAUGACAAUGAGUUUGGACACAGCUGGAAGGCACCCACAAGCCAACCAGGAUGUGGAUCCACCGAUGACAGGAGUGGUGGUGGAUUGAGUGACUGUACCUUCAGGGAAGAAUACACCGAGCUCUGCAGUGUCAUCACCAACACCACCGGCCCAUUCAGUGCCUGUCACCUGCACCCUGACCCCCAGCCAUUUUUCAGUUCCUGCGUCUAUGAUCUUUGCCUCUACACUCCAGCCAAUGGCAUGCUAUGUUCUGCCAUCUCAGCCUAUGAGAGAACCUGCUCAGUUUUGGGGUUGGACAUCCCAGAGUGGCGCUCUGGUUUGCAGUGUGCUGAAACAGACCCAUGUGAACAUCUGAACUGCACAGAGUAUGAGUGGUGUGGUGAGAAGGACGGUGUGUAUGGAUGUUUCUGUGAUGAGCACCACCAUCGACCCAACAAUGAAAGCUAUGACUCGUCCAUCACUUGUGCCAGUAGUACAGGCACCAUGUCUGUGUCACGCUGCCAGCUGUUUGAAGCUGGCUUCCACUCAAGCGCACUCCAUCUCCGAGACGACUCCUGUACAGGGACUAUCCAGGACGGACGACUGGUGUUCCACUUCAACAAUGAUGACCAGCUGUGUGGGACAGUUCUCAGGAGCAAUGGAACCCAUUUCAUCUAUGAGAACACCAUCCAGGGCAAUGUGGACCCUCAUGAAGGUCUAAUUAGCCGCCAAAGGAACAUCCAUCUGCGUUUCUGCUGUGAAUACCUUCUAACCCAGGCCCUGUCUAUGGCUGUGGGCAUCAACCCUGUGGAGAGCAUUGUGAGGAAGAAGCUUCCAUCUGGCCAUGGACAGUAUCAUAUGAGAAUGAUCCCCUACCAGGAUGCCAGCUUCCGCUUCCCACUGACCAGUCACAGCAACAUAGAAAUGGAGAUAGAUCAGAGGCUGUAUGUUGAGGUGCGGACAGAAGGAGUUGAUGGACGGCAGAUAUCCACCAUUCUUGAUUCUUGUUGGGCCACGCCAGUCAACUAUGCCAACUACCCUGUCCGCUGGGAUCUCAUUAAUAACGAGUGUCCUAAUCCAGCAGACGGUACAGUAGAGUUGGUUCAGAAUGGUGUCUCCACUGUGGCCAGAUUCUCCUUCAGGAUGUUCACCUUUACCAACUUUACAUCCAUCUUCCUGCACUGUCAGGUCCACCUGUGUCUUUUGAGCCACAACAACUGUGCAGCUCACUGCUACCCGGGUUACCACAGGCGAACUGAGAGGGAUGUAUCCUACCAUGACAUGACAUCCAUCUCAUUAGGACCACUACACCUGAUGCGGAGAAAUAGCGACACAAUAUUGAGAUCAAGUGGUGCUCCAGGCCAGUUGACCUCACUGGUGACCCUGCUUAUCAGUUGGCUGGCUGCCAAAACUCUGGUCUAGAGAUCAGAGAUGAUCUGUAUCGUAAAGUUAAUCAAGAUACUGCAUACAUUUUUUAUUGUAUUUCUAUUUGCAAGAGCUUGUCCAUGUAAUUUGCAUAUGUAGUAAGUAAGCAAAGUAAUUUUGCUUUAUAGUAGUAGGGGGACCCAGCGCCCAGCAUGUUAAAGUUGAAACCUCUUGUCCUUUGUGUGUGGACAUUCUCAGUCAUCCAGGUCAUGGUCGUCCAAGAAGGGUUGAAUCAAGGGCAACUGGACUUGGUUGUAGAUACUUGAAGACAUGUCACCCCUCAUCCAAGUUCUGACUGACUGACUUGAGUCCCAGGUACUUAACCUCUGAGGAGUCACUUUCACCACCCACUGGAACAUAAGAACCCUGUACCACCGAGCUGAUGAUGUGCCAACGUGCCGAGUGCCCAGACACCUGAAGGAUGCACUUGAAGCUUAACUUCUUCCAUGUAGCAGAUGGCCAUAAUGGGGAAAUACUUGUAAGAGCUCCAACAGCUAUUGUUACAACAGCCAGGAGCGCUGACUGACCAAGUGACAUCAACAGCCUUCAUAACCCCACAGAGGUUAAAAUACCUGGGACUCCCAACCAGCCAGUCAGAACUGAAGAAGCCUCUUGGAUGAGAUGUGAAACGUCUUCAAGCAUCUACAACCAAGUCCAGUUGCCCUUGAUUCAACCCUUCUUGGAUGACCAUGACCUGGACGACUGAGAAUCUCCACACAAAAAGGACAAGAGGUUUCAACUUCAGCAUGCUGGACAUGGAUAUUCUUAUCCUUUGUUGCAUUCAUUUAUAUCAUAAAAUCUCAGUCCUCUAUGAAGUAAUCACAUAAAAUGAAGGUUAAAAGUAAUCAUGUGUAAUAAAGGUUACAAAUAAGCAUAUCUAAUGAAGGUUAAAAGUAAAAAUGAAGUUAUUUUAUUUAGGGAGUAUGUAUCCAUUUGCUGCCUAGGAACACUGGCACUCAAUCCCAAUCCAGCAGACAUUAAAGCGGAUCAGGAGAUACCUUUCUAUUGUACAUAGUGGGGGGUUCUGUGGUUUCUGACAGCUUGGUAAAUUUCUUCUUCUAACAUUCACUUUUUCAGAAAAUACAAUCACAUUAACACAUGCAGUUAAAAACUUCAGGUAACAAUGGAGAGGGAAGAAAGUUGAGAAAAUUCUGCCAGCAUCUAACACUAGAUUAAAUCAUAUAUCAUAUAAAAUUCAAUCAUAUCAUAAUUAAACCAUAUCCUUUUCACUCUCACUCUAAUUCUCACUUUCUUUCAUCAUUACUUGAAAUUAAAUAAAUUACUACUUAAAUGUAAAUAAACUUUAAAAAAUCACAGCAAUAACAAUGCCUAUCUCCCUAAUUUCUAAUCACCAGCAAAAUGAUCAAGAAUAAGUAGAGUAGAGUGUGUGUGUGUGUGUGUAGUGAGGACUGCACACACACACACAUACACACCCUGAGUUAAUAGUGAUUAUUGCUUACGGGAACAGCAGUGUUCUAGACAUAAUGACCAUGUUCUUUCUCUGAGUGUUUCAGGAAAUAAAUGGUGUCUUUGAAAACAAGACAAGGCUUGACUUUUGCUAACACUGUUAAAACUAUAAAGUCUUUGAUCUAACUGA